AUGGCGCCUAAUGCUGUAAUAGCUGAACGCCCAGCGAUUAAAUGCGACCGGCAGUUUCCAUGUGCCAAUUGCAUCGAGGCCAUAGUAGAUUGCCGCAGAGAUCGACCCAAGAAAACUGCGCUCACAUUGCCAAGCGUGACAUCCUUGUCUGAAAGGCUUGCUGCGCUCGAGUCAUCAGUUGCCGGUUUUCCGUCUCACGCCAGCCCGACUCGUGGUACAGUAGGAAUCGGGUCAAUAGAGCAGGAGAUCAUUCCGACCGACACCGGUGGCCUCUCUCAUACCCAGCAAGAAAGCAAUGAAAGGAUUGAGAGGCAAUCGUCAAAUCCAUUUGUUACCAACGCCAGAGAUGGCUUGACUCAGCAAACCUCAGAGGGUACUCGAUUUCUGCAAGGCGAGCUUGAGUCAAACCCAUUGCUCGGAACAAGCAAGUCUAUAUUGAUGAGGGAAGCAAUAAGCUUUGUCAGUCGGCUCUCUAAGACAUCGAACUCAUACUUUGCGACCAAUGCUUUUGACUCGUCUGAAACAAGUGGUAAUCCUGAAUCAAAGGUGUUUCCGCCAGAGCUGUUAUAUAUGAUGACAAUGGAUACUGAGCCAAAUACUAUGAAACAGUCAUUUUGGCCUGACCACGUUUCCUUCAAGACCUUGGAAGGAAUGUGCUUGUCCAUUAUUGAAGGGAAAGAGGACCAAAACACGGUUAAUUGCUACCGUGUUUGCGUCUAUAUGAAAGCCGCCGCGUUACUUUGCCGACUACCAAAGAAAGAUCGGAGUUUACCACUCCGAAGGCACCUUGAAGGAAGUAAAAGGCAAUAUGAGCACGAGGUACAUAAAGCUCUCUCCGAGAUUGACUACCUUGCACCGCCAAGUUUGGUUCUCUUGCAAGCAUUUCUAUCGGGUGCAAUGUUCAUGCAGAAUCAAGGUGACAUGUCCCGAAGCUGGACAUUGACAGCUUUCGCAUCUAGAACCUUGGUAUCUCUCAACUAUCACUCGAUUGACUCAACUACUCCCUUCGACGAAACAAAAUUUGACAUAUAUGGGUCGUUGUAUACGUGUUACUAUCUCGACAAAAUGCUCAGCGUGCUCCUGCUCAGACCACCCUCACUCCCAAAGCUGAAGAUUAAGCCAGCAGACUUGGUCCGUUUGGACCCUCGGCUUCCUCUCAGUGCUAGUGUCAAAAUCAUGGUUGAGUUUGCACAAAUCCAGGAAGGUGUUCUCGAUAUACUCAACCAUACCAAUAAGAAUGAUCAAGUCCCUGUUAUUACCAAGCUUAUAUGGGACAUGCAUGAAAUAAAUACAUUGAUCAAAAAGCAUCAAAAUCAAUUACCUUUCCGAGGAACAAAGUAUGAAUGGGUUGCCAUUGAGUUUGGCUAUUAUGCAAUACUCUCUAGUAUGUUGCACUUGAAUCAACGUAUCGUUCAAGAUCGAUCAACGCGGGAAGAUUGCCUGCGGGCUUCUCGACAAGCGCUCAUACGCCUGGUGAAAAUUCAGGACGAAAUUUACACGGAUGCGAACUUCCUUGAUCAGUAUCCGUACUUUCUCACUUGGACACUGCUGUUCUACCCUCUUAGUCCAUUUUUUGUCCUUUUCUGCAACGUUGUAUUUUCGGCGAAUCUGGAUGACUAUGCAUUGUUGGCGGAAGUCACCAAAGGGACUUCGCGCUUUUGGAAAUGCAUUCCUCUAUUGCUGAGAUACAUAAACUUUUCUCGGCCUUCCUGGGAAUAG